CUGUCUGCCGUGGCGUCAGUUCGACCGCGCAUUUGCUAAAGUCUGCCAGGACUGCAGCAAGCAGCAUUCCGCCAGUCGCGCCGCGGGCACGCUAGAGACUCUAGGGUCUCUAGGACACGCUGGAGGAAGGUCGACCGGAGCCCCGCCCCCGACUUCACCGCCACACGCGCGACCGGAGAGCAAAGUCCGACUGUCGCGAGUCUCGCCGAAGGUGUCCUGCGACGGCUGCUGCAGGCUUCAGUCCUCAGUCCGCGAGUAGCUGGCUGCCCGCAACGUCAGCCCCGCCGCCAUGGUGAACGCCGCCAACACCGAGGACGUCCGCGCGCCCGCGUCCCUGGAGACGCCGCUCUCCGUCCCCAACAAGAUGCUCAUGGCCGCGGGGCCCAGCAACCUGACGCCCAGGGCGGCGCAGGCGGGCGGCCUGCCCUCGCUGGGGCCCAUGCACCCCGAGACCUUCCGGCUCAUGGACGAGAUCAAGGAGGGCCUGCAGUACGCCUUCCAGACCAAGAACCCCGUCACGCUGUGCCUGUCCUGCGCGGGCCACGGCGGCAUGGAAGCCGCGCUGGCCAACAUCCUGGAGCCCGGCGACACGGCGGUCAUGUGCAAGAACAGCUUCUGGUUCGAUCGCGCUUCCGACAUGGCCACACGACAAGGCGCGCGCGUGGUGCCGAUCGACGUGAAGCCGGGCCAGCCGCUGACCCUGGAGGCGGCCGAGGAGGCCGUCGCCAAGCACCGGCCGCGGCUGCUCUUCGUGGUGCACGGCGAGUCCUCCACCGGCGUCCACCAGUCCCUGGAGGGCUUCGGCGCCAUGUGCCACAAGUACGGCACACUGCUCGUGGUGGACGCCGUGGCCUCGCUGGGCGGCACGCCGCUCUACACGGACCGCUGGGAGCUGGACGUGGUGUACAGCGGGUCGCAGAAGGUGUUCAACGCGCCGCCCGGGCUGUCCCCCAUCACCUUCAGCCCGCGGGCAAUGGAGCACAUCCAGUCGAGGAAGACGCCGUGCCCGGUCUUCUACUACGACGUCCUGAGCAUCGGCGACAGCUGGGGCUGCUUCGGCAAGCGGAGCUACCACCACACCCUCCCGGUGACGCUGUUCUACGCGCUGCGCGAGGCCCUGGCCCUGGUCGCCGAGGAGGGUCUGACGGCGUCCUGGCGCCGGCACCAGCUCGCCGCCCAGAGGCUGCACGACGGCCUGGAGCGCCUGGGCCUGCGCCUGCUGGUGGAGAAGCCGGAGCACCGCCUGGCCACCGUCACCGCUGUGCUCCUCCCCGACAACAUGGACUGGGCCACCCUCCUGCGCACCGCCAUGGCCAGGCACGCCGUGGAUCUCAGUGCCGGACUCGGCCCCACGUUUGGACGCGCGUUCCGUGUGGGGCUCAUGGGCACCAACGCCAACCCCAAGGCCGUGGACCGGGUCGUCAACGUCCUGCAGGACGUCAUCAAGAACCCCAUCGCCGCAGCCUAGCGCGCAUUUUACAAAGAUUUAAUGGAUAUGCCACAUUGCGGGCGGGGUGCGUGAUGCCUCUACGGUUGAUUCCUACUCCAUCCCAUACUCUCUAAGUCGAGGGCGAUUGCCUCGAACAGGACACUGCCUGCUUUGAGGUUUGCAGUCAGGGUACCGUGUUCGUUGUAGUCGUUUACUCGAACGCCACAGGUCUGCUGAGGCCUUAAAAUAUCUGAUGAUGUUGUGUAAGCCUAUAUUUUCCUUUUAGGGACUUUAACACUAUGGAAUAAAAUACUUUACUGUUGG